UACCAUAUGAAAUAGAAUACGGGAGCCAAGCGCGGUGGCAGUGAGCGGUACCGUGUGACUCCGUUAACGUGAAGUGGUAGGGGCAGUCACGCGGCCGAAGAGUGUGAUGUCCAAGGUGGUAGCAAAUGAGAGCCAUGCAGCAGCCCCGCAGGACGACUGCAAGGGCUCCUCAAGAGGGAGGAGCCGGGGGCUGUUGGUCACUGCUGGUGUUGGUGGGACCUUAGUGGCUCUUUAUGCUGUGGUCAUACCCUUCGUGACGCCGGCUCUCAGGAAAGUGUGCCUGCCCUUUGUUCCUGCAACUUCCACCCAGAUCCAGAAUGUGCUGAGAAUGUUAGAAAGCAGAAGUGGCUCCCUCGUUGACAUUGGUAGCGGGGAUGGCCGUAUUGUGAUAGCAGCUGCAAAAAUGGGUUUCAAAGCUGUUGGCUAUGAAUUAAAUCCCUGGCUGGUCUGGUACUCCAGAUACCGUGCCUGGAGAGAUGGGGUACAUCACAACACCAGAUUUUAUAUUUCAGACUUAUGGAAGGUUUCUUUUUCCUGUUAUACAAAUGUCGUUGUUUUUGGGGUGCCUCAAAUGAUGCCACAGUUGGAGAAGAAGCUGGAAGAAGAACUGGAAUGUAAUGCCAGAAUCAUUGCCUGUCGUUUUCCUUUCCCUUGCUGGAUCCCAGAUCAUACUACUGGAGAGGGAAUAGACACUGUGUGGGCCUAUGAUUUGAAACAUUCCAGAGGAUGUGAAACAAAAGGAUUGGAAAUUUCACCAGAGACAAAAUCCUAAAAAUCUGAUUUGUUUUUGAGCUGAAAUUUUUGGCUUUGAGUUCACCUUUUAAAGAGUGAACAGAGCCCCAGGAUAUGGAGAUAUAUAGUCACUAAAAUAAAUUAAAUAUACCAGUUAUCUGAAAGCAGACAAAGGUUUGUGAAACGUGUAGCUAAGUGGCUUAAUGUAGUUAGUAAAAAUUAUGAAAAAGUUUUAUAAGAAUCGGAAAACUUUAGCAUGGAAAAUGGGAUAAAACACGGGUCACUACUGUUAAGGGGAAUAUAUGUACUAGUUAAGAUGCUCAGAUUGAUGAACUUAAUAUAUGCAUUCUUUUUGAGCCUAUGUGGCUUUUGCUACUGGUGUUGGAAGCGGUGUGCAAGUGGCUUCUCAAAUGAGCCAUGGUUCCCAAGUGUCCAUUAUGUGUGCUGAGUAGGCAUAAAGCUGAAUACAUCAAACUGAUGCAGAUUGAGUGUGAUGAUGAUACCAAUGUUCUGCACCUCAGCCUUGAAUGUGUAUUUUUUUGAAGUUGAAUAGGACACAAGCAAAUAUAACAAGUUGCUUGUUCAUUAACACAAAUGCAGCCCUUGAUGAGUUUUUUAUUUAACUUGUGAUGUGAAGACGAAACUACAUAAGUGUGUUCUUACUGAACACUUGCUGGUAUAAGCCUUUGCAAAUAACCAUAAUUUUUCCUAACCUCUCUGAUUUAGGAGGGGUUUCAGAAGUCACCUACUUGGCAGUGAAGUUUCACCACUUCUGUGUGUCCAAACCUUGGAUGAAGUAUCUGUAGGAGCUGCUUACUUGAAUGUGUCAUAGAGACUGUCUCUGAUUCUA